AUGGUCGAUGCGACUGCCACAGAUACACCUACACCUCAGAAGAAGACGCUUCCUGUGGAAUGUCUCAAACGCUUACAAAAGUUCGAUGAGGCUCUGACUGCUCUCGAAGUGGCCAUCGCGCCGAUUCUCCAAGUCGGCUUCGAAGACCACAUGAAACGAACAGCAUUAGGACUAGUUCGCGUCGAUGUAAUGACUAUGUUCGUCAUGAAUUCUUUGGGAUGGUGCUUAGCAGCCCAGAGAGGAAUGGAUCCGAAGGAUGAUGUGCAACUGGGUGACGAGCUGCGACGUACGAAACAGUACGUGGAGCGGUUAAAAUCGAUUGAACUGCGCAAGAGCGCUCCAGGUCUGAACAAGCGAGUUGCAAAGGCAUUCGUCAGAAACGCAUUGUGGGAGGUUCCUAGCAAACGUCCAAGGGAAGCACAUCCAGAGGAGGGCAGUUCAUCAACCAAUGGCGAUGAGGAAGAAGGGGUCUCCGACAUCGAGGAUAUAGAGCACAAUUCGGUUUCCGAUAACGACGACGUUGAGCAUGAUGAUGAAGUGAUGGAAUCGCUUAUGCCAGCAGUCGAGCAAACCUCAUAUGCUGUGACCAAUAUCAAGUUUGAAGAUAUCGAGGCUCCACAACGACCUGUACGGGUGAAAACCGGGCGAAAAAAAUAA